CACAAAUUCACCAUCUGGCUAAAGUCUCUAUUUUUUUUUUUUAUCUUUCAUAGAAUUUCUUGGGAUUCUAAUUUUCCAAAUUGAGUUGUAAAUGAUGCACUCACGUCUUACAAAUAUUUAAGUCAUAAUAUAAUACAACUCUCUAGGAGCUUUGAAUAAUUGGUAAAAUUGUUGUUACGUGAUCAGAAGAUUACGUUUUUAAGCUUUGAAAAUAGUUUCUGGCAGGAAUGCAAGGAAAGAUUACGUACAAUACAUCAUCAGCUUUCAGCUUUUGAUAGAAACGUAAGGUAAGGCUGCAACUUACCAUACACCCUUGUGAUUGGAUCUUUCUCCAAAUCCUGCAUAUAGCUGGCAGUUUAGUACAUCGGGCUGUCAUUUUUUAAUUUUAACAUAAUACAACUAUCUAGGAAAGGAAAAAAACUCUCCUGGCUUAUAAAAUUCCAUAGCUCUAUUAUUUUUUAAAAAAGUUAAUAUUAUUUUGAAACCUUUUCCUUGUUGUCAAAACUAUGUCCAGUAAUAACAAACAUUAUCACCAGCCAGCCAUAAGCUGAAACAGAGUGGCUGAGAAGAUGACCACCACCAUGGCCACUGGCUGUAGCAGCUCCAUCUUCCUCUCCAUCCCAACAACACCAUCAUCCCAAAAGUUGCAAAUCUUAUCAUCACCCAAACAACUUUCUUUCACUAACAAUAAGUUGUCUAUAUUUCCCUUUAUUUGUUCUUCUUCCACUUCUUCAACUCCUCUUGUUCAAGAAGAACAAGAAGAAGAAAAAGAAGAAAAUGGGUCUAAUGAGGAUGUUCUUCAAGCUUCGAUGAACCAAGAAUCUACUUCUGUUUUUCCUCCUGGAGCAUGUAAGGGUUGUGGGGGAGUGGAGAUUGAGAGUGGCUGUAAUGGCGAAGGACGGAUACAAGGAGGGAUCGCGACAGUUCCAGGUUUUGGUUGGUGGCCGAUAAAGGCUUACAGGCCUUGCCCUGCUUUUGUUGCUUCUGGUGGUAGGUACAAAAGGUUCGGACAAAGCAUGGAUGAAGUUGUCUCUGGGAAAGGAGGUAGAGUUAGUUCCAACGGGACAGAUGCCGAGGUUCAAUCAAGCACGAAAAAGAACGGAGCGAAGAGAUCAAAGAGCUAACUGUUUGGAAGGCAAUUUAGUCAGCUUCAAUCCAAUAUUAUGUUUCAAGAGAUUGAAGGAUGUUGAUAUUGUUGUAUUCAGCUACUAACUUGUCAGUUUCUUUGGCUCUCUAUAGGCUUUUUGUGGUAAAAACUUGAAAUGUGUGUCAACAAUUGUAAUCAAGAUGAACUACUACAUUGUUUUAAUUUCAACCAUACUACAUAGUUGGCAACA